UACGAGUUGGCGGGAAGAGAAAUUUUUGAAAUGGCUAAGACUUCAGAAAACUUUGAUGAUGUGCAUGCAAUAGCUUUCUGUUUUGAUGCAAUUCAGCCCGAUUUCUUGCACCUAAUCACUCCAGGCACUGGAACUCUCCAACUUUUGCACCCAAGAGCAAGGGUGGGAAAAUGCAAGGGUCUUGCUGCAGGUGCAGGGCGCACUGAGCACAGCUUUGAUACAAGUGUAUCUAAUGUCCCCAGCACCAGGGACUUGUGGGGCGCCACGAAUUCCUCUCCACUUGCUCGGCAGCUCGCAGAGGUGGCGGUUGUGUUGGGAAGACCUCGCCAAGCUGGCUGAUACCGCGCUGCGCACGCCCAAGUGCUCCAGGUGCCGCAACCAUGGGUUCCUGGUACCGGUCAAGGGCCACGCAGGCAAGUGUCGCUGGAAGCAGUGCCUCUGCGAGAAGUGCUACCUGAUCAGCGAGCGCCAGAAGAUCAUGGCGGCGCAGAAGAUGCUCAGGAAGCAGGCCACCGAGGACGAGCAGGAGGCGGCCGAGGGCGCUCAGGGACCCCCGCCAGCCGCCAGCAUGGGCCCGGGCCUGCGCCCGCCGCCUGGCACCCUCUGAGCAUCAGCUCAGACUCUGUGGUGGGAGCUGAGUACCUGGAGAGAGAGCCUUCCAAGCUGUACCUUGGCUACUCCACCAUGUACUCCUGCUGCCAGUUCCCACUGGGCUGCCAGGAUGCAUCCCCAGCCAUGCAGAAGGGCUACCAGCAUGCCCCCUGCACUGGCUACCGAGCAGGACUGGUGUCGGACCCAGCAGGAGACUUCCGCCCGGCCUACUAUGUGCCGCCGCCGCCGCCGCCACAGCAGCAGCCGCAGCCCCUGGUCUUCCCACCAGGCUUCCUCUCUGGGCUGCACCUCCUCCCUCCACCACCACCGCCUCUGCUGCCCCCACCUUUCUCGGUGAAUGCCCUGUCUGUGGGCACUGAUGACCAGGAUGUGGAGGUGCCCGGUGAGCCUUGCCAGCCCUCAUCUCAGGAGCAGUCUGACUAAGCCCAGCCGCCAGCCUUGCCAGCGUUGGGGGUCAGGGGUGGUGGCCAUUGUUGUCUUGUCUGUGUUGUGUUUUUCAGGGAGGGAGGAUGUUGAGAGGUAUAAGGUGGGAGCUCAUCCCCAUUUUGAGAUAGAAGGCAGGAGGGGUUGGAGAGGCCCUGGAGGGAGCAUGGGCGAGAGGAGGCCAGGGCUCUGAGGAGUAGGGCUGGUGAAGCACACAUUUGGGAAUGAAUUUAACCAUCCUGAGUGCAGUUCAACAGACUCAGCCCCGGGGCAGUCUUUGACCGCCUCAGGCGCCUCUCAGGACAGAAGGUACCAUUUAUUUCAGCCUUCUGCGACCUCUGUCUGUCCCCGGUGCUGAGGCACCACUGCUCUCAGGUACAGCGGUCACCGGGGCGUUGACAGCAGGUUCUGCAGCGUCCCUGCCUUUGCCUGGCGUGCCCCUCACCCCUUUGCUGGAAGGUGUCCUGACCACCACAGCCAUUUCACUUCCUUCCACUGAGUUUAAGCUAUGAUAGGCCUCAUUUUUGGUUUAAAAAUCUGUUCAAGUUUUAUUAUUUGAUGUUUUUCUAGUUGGGAGCCCUGAUGCAGUUUUCUGAGAAUAGAGUGGUGUGCUGAAUGGGCUGUGACCUCAGGGGUUUCUUCCCUGGGGACAGUUGACUGUUGAAAUAAAAUAAGCAGCA